AUGGAGUUGGACUUAUUGCCAGGAGAGUCUAGGGGGUACUGGAAAUACCACGACCCUACUAAAUGGUUCAGGCAAGCGAAAGCCUCUGGAAAGGUCAACAACGACCAUGCAAAUUUGUUGCUCGAUACUGGUGCCGAGAUAUCCAUUCUGGAUAUCGCCUUUGCUCCCGUAUACACCACGGAGGGACGCACUCGCAUCAAGGUCAUUCUGAAUGGGAACUUGGUGUACAUCUUUAAGGUGUGGGUAGACCCUAUGGUAGGCCAGGAUGCAAUUUUGGGGAUGGACUUCAUGGUCCCAGCCGGUAUCCGGUUAGAAUUGGCCGACGGAACUCUUUGCCUCCCCGAUGAAGUCAGGAUAUCCGUUGGAGGAUGUACGGAAGUGCCUCUCAAAAGGUCGACCUCAGAACAGUGGAAAUUGGAGCAAGUUCCGAGAACGCCAGGGUUUGUCUCGGUGGGCUCUCGAAGAUAUGCGGAAUGGCUAAAUCUGACUUAUGAAUCUACCACCGACCAAGUCGACCAUCAGGCCGACCCAACGGAAGAGGAAGAGGGGCCAAUAGUGGAGAGACCAGAAUAUAAGACUCCGUCACACAUCUUACAGCGACCAGCGGCCCCAACCCCAAUGAUGAAUAUGACGUACCAACCAAUACCCGACAGAGAUGAACAACCGUGCGAAGAAGAGGUGAAUUGGCAGGAGGGGUCUAUCCAGGAACGGAGUGUAGCUAAGGAAGACCUACCUGUAGUGAUCACUACCAUGGAGAAGGAAGCCAAACUGGUAGACUUGUUACAGGCAGAUGACCAGGUGUGUUCUUUCGAGAGUGGGGAACUUUGGGCCGAGGACAUAAGGCCAGGGUGGGCGGUCGUACCGGAAGUGGACCCCUCAUCCGAAGGCAUUGCGUUAGAAGAUAUACAGAUUCCUGAUCCAGAUGGGAAUACUCCCGAAGAGGUGGACCGAUUGCGACAAUAA